AUGACAGACUGUGACACUUCGGACAGUGCUGAUGAGACAGGGGCCUUGGGUGUAGUCAGAGUAGGGGUCUGUGGGACUUCACCACACCACUUUGGCAUAACACGUCCAAGACGAUACCCAAUCCAGCAGGGCCGGUAUUCCUGUGUGCUUGCCACGCUGUGCCGGAAUGGCGGUCACAGGAAGCGUGUGCUGUCUCGUGGUAGUUCCAGAGUGGUGUGCAGGCCUUCGACAGUGAGGAUCGCUCCUCCCGGGAGCAACCUGGCUCGUUUUCCAAUAGCAGCGCAGAUCCCUAAGGCCCCAGACCCGUGGUCAAAGGAGGCUGUUCUGCUUGCCCUCGAACGUUGGAAGAGGAAGAAAAGGACAGUGGAGGAGGAGGAAGACCAAAUAUCUGCUGCUGGUCAGGAGGACAAAAGAAGGUGCCAUGACAGCAGUGGGAGUGGCCAUUCAGCUUUUAAGCCCGAGGUGGCCAACGGAGUCCCUGCUGCUUUUGUGCCUGAGCCUGGGCCUCUGAAGAGAGGCCUCAGUUCCCCGAGCUCAGAUGGUGAGCUGCGUAAGAGAACCUGCACCCCUGCUGUGAGCUGCUCGAAGGGCACGUGCACAUGUGGCAUCCGUAUGUCCAGGCGCAAUGCCAUUACCAGUUCCUACACUUCUACUGGAGGCAUCUCUCAGCUCUGGAAGAGGUGUCCCAGUGCCUCACCCUUCUCCAGCCCAGCCUCGUCCCUCUCACAGACACGAGAGAGUCCAGAAAAGAAAAUGAGAGAAGAGGACGGUCCUCAGGGAUCUGGCUCUUCCGCUCCACCAGUAAACAAGGAGUCCCAGGGAGAACAGGCCACCACCUCGGACUUUGAAUCUACGACCCAGACCACCAUCAGCGGUGGCAGCACACCCUCAUCCCACGUCACAUCCGGGGUGUCAGCAGGCCCCGCUGGCACUGGGGACUUUGGGAUGAGCGUGUCAGCCCCCCACAGCAGCUCCACCCCUGGGGUAUUCAACUUUGUGGCAGGAUGGAGUGGGAGAACUGGUGGCACGGCCCCUUUCUGGGGAUGCCUGAGUCAGAACUCCCUUGGUGCAGCUGGCCAGAGCACACUAUUUGCCAUCUAUGUGGCCAGCACACCUACGAACACAUCUGUGCUUGCAGGUGAGAUUUGGAAUGGGCUCGGUCUGCAGAGCCAAGGUGCUGUUUUAAGUACCAACAUAGUCUACACUCUUGGAACUCUACGCUGUAGUGAAGAGACAGAUGUUAUCGGUAAACAGCGUCAGGUAGCAGUGUAA